AUGUGGGGUAGCGUUCCCCUCCACGUGGGCACAGACAAGUCCGUCAACGAAUCACCAGAGAUCUGGAGAACCGACAAAGAAGCUAGAACCUUCCGGCACUGUGGCAACGGACCCAUGGUGGCAGUGCGGACUCGCACACACACCUUCUAUGUGGACCUGGAGCGCAUGGUUGACUGUAGUGAGUAUUUCGAGGCUCUGUCUCGUUCCCGUAUGAGGGAGACUACAGAUCUCACCAUUCACUUGGACCAUGUGCAUUCCGGAGUCUUCCACAGCCUGCUGGAAUUCUGCUUCCACCACCGAUUCAACGUUCCAGCGUCCCAGCUGGACACACACCUGCGUGUUAGCACCUACCUGCUCGCCUCACCCUACACACACCGUCUCCUGAGCGCUGUGUCCGAGUGUGUGGACGAGCACACCUGUCUCCCGUACCUGCAGUUAGCGGAGGAGCUGGGCUGUCCAGAGCUGCAGCACACCGUUCUGCUGUACCUGAGCACACACCUCCUCGAGCUACCACACCUGCACACACGCCUUAACACACACCUGCAGGCGCAGCUCAUGCCCCUGAGGUCAGAGGGCAGCCUAAGGCUCUGCUGCCUCAGAAAGGAGAACCUGACCUCACGGAACGACCCAGAAACAGACGCCGCCCGACGACUCUUCAGGCUGGAUGGGUCUGGGGAAGACGGGGCUUAUGGGAAAUGGAGUCCGCAGACAGACCUUCCCUUCAAGGCUGAUAAAUGGUGUUUCACCACAGCUGUGCUGUGGAACUACCUCUAUCUGAUUGGAGGCUACAGACACAGAGGGAAGAGGGGCUAUGAGUUUAAAAUGGCUUCGUUUCGAUACAACCCUUUUACUGACGAAUGGGUCCCAACAGCACCUCUCAUCAAGCACAGGCGUCACUUCAGCGCGGUGGUGUGUGGGGGGUGUAUCUACGCUUUGGGGGGGUGGUACCUGGACUCCCUGGUGACCCCUGACUCCAGCACAGGAAUGUACACCGCUGUGGAGAGAUACGACCCGCGGAAGGACGCCUGGACGUUCGUCUCCUCUCUGCCCUUCACCGAUUUCCAGUUCAGCCUCUCACUGUCUCAUGACUCCCCACUGGCCACUACACUGGACCACUGUGUGUAUGUACUGGGAAACGUGCAGAGGACUGGAGAGAAACUGGUACUGAGUUAUGACACUGAACGAGACUCCUGGACUGAGUUAUACCCCACCCUGACUCGCACUAAUGCUGACAUUCCCAGCCUAUACUUCCUGGGUGCCACAGACAAGCUGGUUGUGAUUGGCGGAAACAACGUAGAAACUGUGGUGACGUCCUUCUGUGUGAACUCUCAUAGGUGGGGGCAGAUCCGUGUGAUGGAGAAGAUGGCUCUGAUUGGUCAGGGGACUGUUCUGAAUGAUGAGAUCUACGUGUCUGGAAUCCAUCAAGACUCUAUUGUUAAAAUAAACCUCCACUCUCUCUCUGUCUCUCCCCUUCCCUCGCUCCCUAUUCCCUCCUGCUACGAGAGCCUCUUCCACCUGUACUUCUGA